GGAGUUGAGUGACACCAAAACAUUGCCGAGUUGGCAGGGAGGAGUGUUACAAUAUCUGCCUUCAUAGUGUGGCAAAGUGUAUUAUAUCCUUCUUUAAUGGCUGUUGGCAUGUAGUAGCGAGCCAAGGGAAGUUCUGGUAGACACAAGAAGGAUGUCUUGGCUGGGGGUGAACCUGAACGACAGCCUCAGCAGCCUCAAGGGCCAGCUGUCUAACCUAACCCGUGAGGUGCUGUCAGAGGGCGUCGAAGAUGUUGAAGAUAAUGAUACUCAAGUGCUGGUGCCCAGAGACCGCAUCAAGGAACUGGAAUCUCUCUGUCAACUUCAGAAACAUGAGGUUGAGGAGAGUAAGCGAGCCCGAGCUGAGGUUGAGGAGAGGCUACACGCUGCUGACCUCCACGCUGCCCACCAGGUUAACCUUCUGCGACACCAGCUACAGGAGAGAGAGACUGAACUACGAAAACUGAAGGAGAACAUCACAGAGUGGGGAUGGGAGGUGGGUGACGGUGGCCCCACACACAACCACACCCCAGACCACCACGAUGGGCUCCACGGUGCCGACCAACACAACCACAACCACCAGCCUUCUCCUCAACCAGAAAACACUAAACAACAGGCCUGGCAGGAACAACUCAACCAACAGUUGUCUCGGCGUGUGGAGGAGCUAGAGGGAGAGUUAAGGGCACUGAAGGACUCACACCAGUACGAGGUGGCCGCCCUACAGGACCAGCACCGGCACCAGCUACACGCCCUACGACACACAGAAGGACGAGAUAUCACUAGCCUCUCCCCCAAGACCACCACAACGCACGAGAGUGACGAUGGGUUAUCAGAGCAAGCGAGUGUUACUGCAGCAGAAAAUGGCAGUGAUAGUCCGUGUACAGAGCAAUGGAAACAACUGGAGAGGCACAAUACCCAUCUCCAGAACUCCCUCCACGAGCUUCAGAAGGAAUUGGGGGAAACUAAACAGAAGGCUGAAUCGGUGAGAGAACUGGAGAAGAGAUUGUCUACACUGAGUGAGGAAUGUACUGCACUAAGAACUGAAAAUGAACAGAAUGAUAAAAACCUGGAAGAACUGGACUCCCAAUACCAGGCAGCCAUAGAAAUAAUCCUGAAGAAGAAGAAUGAUUUACAAGAGGAGGCACGAGUGAUGAAGAAGACACAUGACCAGUUAACUCAGCUGGUGGCUCAGUUACAGGAGGAUCAGGCCAAGCAGGAACAGGAGGCGCAACGUCUUCAAGUCGAGCUGCUUAAAUUCCAGGAGAAUGAAGAAACAUCUCGGGUAACUUGCAAUGAACAUCUUGAACAAUUAAAUAACCUGAAGGCCCAGUUAAGUGAUAAAUGUACCUCACUGUCACAUCUUGAGGCUCAGGUUCAACAGUUGUACCAAGAGAAGCAGAGUUAUAAAUCUGAGGAUAAAUAUGAAGAGUUGUGUCAGUGUAAUGCACAGCUUAAGACCACUCUGGAAAAGGUAGAGGCAGAGCUACAGCAAGUCAGGUUAUCGGAAGCAAAUCUGAAGGAGACGAGAGACGCAACAGCAGCGGAAAAUGCAAGUCUCACCGAACAGCUUGAAAGCCAAAGAGAGGAAAAGUCCAAACUCACCGUAUCAGCAACAGAGAGAAAAGCCAUCCAUGAUGCCAAAAAGGAGGAUAUGAUACAAAAGAAGGAAUUAGAAGAGAAACUCGCUACCAUAGAAACUGCCAAGAAUAAUUUAGAGCAAGAGUUGCACAAUAACCAUCGUGCUCUGGAGGAUGCCAAGGCUCGGUCAGGCAUGCUGGAGUCUGAGCUACAAGCUAAAGUGCAAGAAAUUACAAUGUUCAAUACAACAAUAGCAGAACUUGAAGCCAAGAUAAAACACAUGGAGACUGAUAUUCAGGAUCAUCAGAAAUCAAAGAGGGAAGAAAUGGAGGAGGUGAACAAGGGCCUCGUCCAUGACACUCAGGAGGGUCCCAAAACUGUGAAGGCUGGCGUACACAGACUUGCUGAACUCCUACGUGAGUCUGUGUGGCAGAGAGACACCCUGGAGCAUCACGUGUCCACGAUCACACAGGAACUGAGGGAAAAGAAUGAACAGCUGAAUGAAGGAGAGGCAACAAGAACGGAGCUCGAGAGAGAAUGUGAGGACCUACGAGACCAGCUGGAGGAGAUACAGAAAGGUAUUCGGCCUCCACCAGAAGGCAGCAGCCGGGGACUACCCACCAUCGAGGAGGAGACCGAGGGAGGUGCCGAGGGGGACGCCGAUGUGGAACAGGUCGAGGAGAGGCAGACGGUGAAGGCGUAUGAACGCAGUGCAUCUGCGGAGAGGGAUAGAUCCAGUGAGAUUGAAGCUUUCCAAGUACAGGUGGAAGCUCUGUCCGAAGCUCGGAGGAACCUGGAGACGGAAGUUUCCAACCUGAGAGCGGAGCGCGAGGCUUUACAAGGUCGGCUUCGAGAGGCUGAAGGACGGACUGGAAAUUUGGCCAAUUUAGAAACUGAAGCGGCUGCUCUGAGAAACCAAAAGAAAGCUCUGGAGAUGCGGCUGGCAUCACUAACACAACAAUUAGACUUGGAAACGGUUACACUCCAAGAUGAACGGGACACAUUAAAAGAUCAAGUGGACAAUUUGCACGAGAAACUGGAGUGUCUUCGGAUGGAGAUGUCCCUCUCAAAGCAUGAGAGAGAAUCAAUUGGUCAGCAGUUACUCAAUCAAUACCAGGUCGUAGAAAAUCGAGAUGCGACCAUCAGAGUCCUUGAGGGUGAGCUGGAUGGUCUGAGGGACAAACUGCGUGAGUCAUUUGGGGCCGCCAGUUCCAGCUCAGACAGCAUCCUUCAUCACCAGGAAAAGGCAGCCAAGUUACAGGAGGAACUUGAUGCAAUUAAGUCACAACUUAUAUUCAAGGAAGAUAAGAUCGAUGCGUUAUCACAAGUGUUAGAGGACGUUGGCCAAAUUUUCCAAAUAGACGUGACAAACAUUGAUAACGUACACAAACAAAUACGAGACAAAUACUUAUCCUCAGAAAAUUCUCUCGAGGAAAAAGACCAGAGAAUAGAGGAACUAUCGAACACUAACAGAGACUUACAUCUUGAGUUAGAUUUAUGUAAGAAACACAACUCAGAGAUUGGAACUGAAUAUGCAACAAAAAUAACCGAGAAAGAAAAGGAGUUAAAUUCUGUCAAAGAGCAGUUGGAGAAAAAUGAAACAGAGGUUUUCCAUUUCAGAGAAAAAGUGGCAGAGUUUUCAGGGGAAUUAAACAACAAGGAACAAAGUGCCAUGGCUAUGCAAGAUGAACUGAACACUGUAAAGGUCGAGAAAAAUGGUGCUCUCUCAAUGCUUAACCAGCGUACAGAGGAACUGGCCAACAUGAACGAGGAGUACAGCCGUCUACAGAAUGAAUUCAGCAGUGAGAAGGAAUUGGUUUUACACUUGAAACAGGAGAUUGAGGAGCUGAAGGUGAGUCAGGGGCACCAACUUACAGAACAAAUGGGCAUGAACGACAUAGUUAGGGAGAAGGAUAACGAGCUCAAGGAGAAGGAUGCGAAACUCUCCUCGCUCUUACAACAAAUUGACCAACUUGAGAAAGAGAAGACUGAAUUAUUAACUAAAGAGAGAGAGAAUAAAAGCUUAGCAAGUGAUAACCAGAACCUGAACAAACAGGAACAAGCUCUGCGAAACGAGAACUCACAACUAUUACAAGAUAAAAAUUCUCUGCUGGAAGAAAAGGAGAAGUGGAGUCGAGAAAUACAGGAGGUGGAGGGAGCCAAAAGUGUGGCCCAACAGCAGCUGACCAGCCUUCAGUCUGAGAGGGACCACAUGAUCGCCGCCAUCACACAGAAGCAUCAGGAGAGCGUCUCGUACCACACUGAGAUCCAGCGCCUCACACAAGUACUCAAUCAGACAACCCAGCAGUCCACUGAAGAAAAUAAUACAUUAUCAUCACAACUCCACGAGAGUGAGGCCUUGCUGACUGAGACUCGAGGAAUUGUUCUGAAGCUGCGGGAGGAACUGGACGCCAUGAAGUUGACUCAGAGUGAACUUCAGAAAAAUGCUGCUGAUGGAAUUGUACAGAAGACUGAGGCCAGUGGCUUACGUAAGGAGGUGGAGUCAUUAAGAACAAAGUUUACAGUCGUGGAGCAAGAGAGAGACCAGCUUCGUGUUGCUAACUCUCGCUUCAACACCCAGUACCAGGACCAGAGUAAGGAGCUGAGUAAUAUCCGGGAAAAGGAGGGACGCUUGGCAACAGAGUGCGAGCGGCUGAGGCAGCAUCUCGUAGCGGUGGAAGAAUCGUACACAGCCGAGGCGAUCAAGGCCGAGGAGCGAGAGUCAACCCUACGCAGCACACUCACCAAGAUGGAGGAAAAACUCAACAAUCACUCCAAUUUCUACAACAGCGCCAACCAGCGAGCAAGUGUACAGGUUGAAACUCUACAUGAACAAGUCCGCGAGAUGACAGCUAAGAGGGACGAUGCUGUACUGCGACUGCAAACAGCUGAAGAAAAUGCGGAGCAGUACCAGCAGUCUUUAGCCACACUCCAACAGGUUCUGCAAGAUUUCCAAAAGAAUCAAGUUCGAGAAAUAGCUGAAGCAACGGAGAGAACGAGACGACAACUAGAAGAGGAAAAAGAGAUUUCCUCCUCAUUCAUGGCUCAGGCCAACAGUCUCAAGACACAACUCGCAGAAGCUCAGGGCGGCCUGGCAGCAGCAUCAAGACUAGGAGAACAGCUGACGAAGAAGGAGCAGAUGAUUGUUGCUCUCAAGGCCCAAGUAUCAUCCCAGGAGGAGGUCGCCCGGAAGGCUCGGGAUGAAGUGAUGUGUCUUAAAUCCUCGUCAGAAGCAAAGGUGGAAAAGCCCCUUCUACGUAACCUACUGGUGGGAUACUUUGCCACUCCAGCGGACAAACGUCAAGAAGUAUUGAGAAUCAUUGCAGAGGUUUUAAACUUUUCUGGGGAGGAGCGCGCCAGGACAGGUCUGGACAUGCAGGGCACAUCAUGGCUGACGUCAAUAGCUAAUUUCCUCGCUCCGCCGGCUAGUAAUGUCCGUGUUACCUCAAAAGUGGACGUUCUCGACCAUACGUCCCUGUCACAAGCAUUCAUCAGGUUCCUCGAGGAUGAAUCCAACCCUCGGCCACAGGCUCGCCUCCCAGCAGUACUGAUGGCCCAGCAAACAACAGAGAAAGCAGAAAAGAAAGCCCAGGCCAAGGCUCAGGCUGCUAAUAAGAUGAACCCGUUUAUCAGCAUUGGAGAAGCAUCAGCAUCAGCCAAUGAAUCGGGAUCAAGAAAUUCCUCACCACUCUUAGCUGCAGCUUCCACCCCACCAACACUACCCACCAUAACCCCACUGGAACCCACGUCACCAUCGCCGCUAAUUGCACCAACUUCCGUUACUCCCAGCACAGUUAUGACGACAUCAGGCUUCCCAACACCAGUGUCGACGAACAAAUACCUGAGCAAUUUGUUAACCUCGGAGCCAGGUGGAAAAGCUGAUGAGAAUGCUAACAAGCAACCCAGCUAAGCCUUGUAAAAUAAUAGUUGCUGUUGUUAGUAAAUUUGUGGGAAAAAGAUCGAAUAACAUUACUGUAUUUCUUCCCGUAAUAAUUUGUAAUGGAAGUGAUACAGUAUUGCAAUUUAAAAAAAUCAACACAAUGUAGCUUGUGAAAACCAAACUCUGUGAUAACAUAUUUUCUUAAAGUAAGUGUAAAUAUGACUAAUAUUAGGGAGUCCGGAUUAAUUUAGUAUCAUUGGACUGGGUAAUGUAUGCGGAGUUAAGUUGUGACAGGCAAUGAUAACCUUGUAAAAGCUGAAAGGAUAAUUGUUUAGAAACAUAAGGACAUUUAUUAGUAGGGAGCUCAGACUUUGAGAUUAACUAAAUAGAUAAGUAUCACCUAAGAGUUAUUUUGAGUUCAGUUAUUGUAUACUGUAAGGUUGAAGUCAUGGUGUACUUCAUGAGAUCUGGUUACAUGGACUGACUGCCUCCCUCCUAUGGUAUUACAGAUACCUAGAUGGUUGUGGUUAUGACUAUUGGAUCUAAAUUAUAAACUUGGCUCUUGUUAGGUAUUAAUUAAUCAUAAUGUCUGGAGAUAUUAUCUGAGAAUUAGUGCGCUGGAGUACUAAUUAAGCCCGUGAAGACUGGGACUCUUUACAAAUGGGUGCCUGUCCUAAUGAAGACACUGGGGCUUGCCUGUUGACUAAUCACCAGUGUGCUGGGUCUUGUGUAUAAGUGUGUAUGUUGGCCAAGUUAUGAGAUUUCUUCUUGUGUAAAGUAUUGUCAUGAAUUAUGUUUAUUAAUGUAUAAGCUGAAAGUGAAGUGAUGUAUUGUAAAAUUAAAGGAAAUCUCUACACUUUCUAGUGAAGACAGAUGCCAAUUUGCCUUACAGGAGAAGAGGGUUCAUGAUCUUUCUAUGAAUUAUGAAAUCCCCCUGAAGUAUAAGUAAUGUAACCUCAAGUAUGGUUAUGUAUAAAAAAAAGUUAUUUGUCAGAUUAUUUUUCUUAUUUUGUAAGCAAAUUUUUUAUGUUAUAUUAUAGUUGUUCACUCAACCUAGAUAAGAGAUUUUGUUAAUGUAGAGCCAUCUACUUAGUGAUACCUUCCCUCACACUUGUGUUAUUUAUGUCAGUUUGGUAUUUUGUAAUGAAUUAAGAGUGAGACUGGGUCAUACUGGUGUUGUUAUUGUGUGAACAGAUACAGUGCCAAUUAAAGAGGCCAACAAGUGGGUGCAACACGUCUCCCUCAUUCACCCCAACACUAUUUGCUUGGGAAUAUAAUCAGCAAAAAUCCCAAGUUUUGCAUUCAGGUAACUUUACACCCCUUCAAAAAGGAUAUACAAUACAGUAACUGUUUUGGCCAUAUUACAGGGUUUAUUUAUGCAACAUUUUCAUCAUAAUUGGCAUAAAUUUGACUGAACAGUUGUUCAGAAUGUAUGUUUUGGGGUGUUUAACUUUUGACCUCACCAAAUACCUAAAAAUGGGGUGUGGGUUCACUGGGCCAGAACUGAAACACUGCUGACUGAUUAUUAAUAUUGUUUACAAGAAGAAAAAUAGAAAGACAAGGAAAAUACUUUCGCCCAGAGUUUUAAUCGCCCUCAUCUCUUCCACAAAGAACCCGCAAGAAGGAGUCUUUCCUUCAAGUGGUAGUUUUAAUCGGUCAAACCUCAUCUCCUCUGUAUGGGACUGUCGAGGGUUUGGCUGGUAAGCCUGUCCAGCAGCUGAACGAGCUUGUAUUUAGCAGUAAAACUUUUAAAUUUCAUUCUACAGUACGGGUAUGGGUGUUAGUCGUAAAAACAUUAAUGUAAAAAAAAGUAUAAAAUUACCAUCAUGUU